AUGGAUCUCUCCCCAACGACACUCGUUACUUACAUCGCUAUCUCUGUCGUGACUCUUCUUGUCGGUCGGCUCAUCAUGGGUUUCUUUGGCGGCAACAAAUUCCCCGUCGAGGGCAAAACAGUCCUCAUCACCGGUGCAUCCGAAGGCAUGGGCCUCAGCGCUGCCACUCAAUUGUCUGCCAAGGGCGCAAAUAUUGUUCUCGUCUCUCGAAGCGCCAGUAAACUCGAAGCUGCACUCUUCACCGUCAAGGCCGCAGCCAAGAAUCCCCAGACCCAACGCUUCCACUAUAUCGCCGCCGACGUCUCUGCCGAAUCAUACGCCAAACCUCUCCUCGAAGAAGUCAUCAGCUGGAACAAUGGUCAAGCCCCUGAUAUCGUCUGGACCAUCGCUGGAUUCUCCUUCCCCGAAUUGUUCGUCGAUAUGGAAAUGAAGUCAAUGCGACAGCACAUGGACGUCAACUUCUGGGGCACAGCUGAGAUGGCACAUGCCGCUAUGCGCGAGUGGCUCGCUGUAGACAAGCCUGUCGAAAAGGAGCCCAAGCACUUCAUCAUGACUGGAAGUGUCUGUGCCUGCUAUUCUCCUCCAGGAUACACUCCCUACACCCCCUCCAAGUAUGCAAUGAAAGGUCUGGCCGAAUGUAUCCAGCAAGAAGUCAUGCUGUAUCCUCAGAAUGUUCAGGUCCAUCUAGUUUUGCCUGGCACCAUUCUCUCCCCUGGUAAUGUCCGCGAGAACGAGCAUAAGCCCGAGAUCACCAAGACCAUUGAGAAGGACGACCCCAAGCAAACCCCAGAUGAAGUUGCUGCGGUAGCUAUCAAGGGUCUGGAAGCUGGACAGCACCAUAUUACUGUAAACUUCCUUGGUUCACUCAUGAAGUGGGCAUCUUUUGGUGGCACUCCCAAGAACAGCUUCAUUGACGUUCUUGGAGCUCUGCUUGCUACAUUUGUGUGGAUCUUUGUUCGUCCUAUUCUUGAUCACCAGAUCAAGAGCCACGCAAAAAAGUACGGCCACCCAAGCUUGUACAACAAGAAAUCCCCAGGCGCUUAA